UGCUAGCCCUGCCUCUCGGGCGCCUCGCUUGGGUCCUCGGCUCUCCUUUUCCCCUCCUGCCUCCCUCCCCGGCGCUGCCAGCCCAAACCCCAACCACCUGUGACCCCGAGAAAUCCAACUCCUCCCGCUCCGCGCCCCGGGGGGGGGAGGCAGGGGCAGGGCCACGCCGCAGAGGGGACCGCCGCGGCCUCCUGCCUCCUCCUGGUCUCCUCCCCCUCCCCCGUCUGACGCUGCCUCCUCUGGAAGGGUGUUUGGAGGGCAGCGGCCGCCCCAAGCCGAAGCCCCGCAGCGCUUCUUAUGAUCAGCUCGGUGUGUGUCUCCUCCUACCGCGGGCGCAAGUCGGGGAACAAGCCUCCGUCCAAAACAUGUCUGAAGGAGGAGAUGGCCAAGGGCGAGGCGUCGGAGAAGAUCAUCAUCAACGUGGGCGGCACGCGACAUGAGACCUACCGCAGCACCCUGCGCACCCUACCGGGCACCCGCCUCGCCUGGCUGGCCGAUCCCGACGGCGGGGGCCGGCCCGUGUCCGAUGGCGGUGGUGCAGGCAGCAGCGGCGGCGGUGGCUGCGAGUUCUUCUUCGACCGGCACCCGGGCGUCUUUGCUUACGUGCUCAACUACUACCGCACGGGCAAGCUGCACUGCCCCGCCGACGUGUGCGGGCCUCUGUUUGAGGAGGAGCUCACCUUCUGGGGCAUCGAUGAGACCGACGUGGAGCCCUGCUGCUGGAUGACCUACCGGCAGCACCGCGACGCCGAGGAGGCGCUCGACAUCUUCGAGAGCCCAGACGGAGGCGGCGGGGGCGCGGGGCCCGGCGACGAGGCCGGCGACGAUGAGCGGGAGCUGGCCCUGCAGCGCCUGGGGCCCCACGAGGGAGGCGCGGGCCCCGGCGCCGGGUCCGGGGGCUGCCGCGGCUGGCAGCCCCGCAUGUGGGCGCUCUUCGAGGAUCCCUACUCCUCCCGGGCGGCCAGGGUGGUGGCCUUUGCCUCUCUCUUCUUCAUCCUGGUGUCCAUCACCACCUUCUGCCUGGAGACCCACGAGGCCUUCAACAUCGACCGCAACGUGACGGAGAUCCACAGAGUGGGGAAUACUACCAGUGUGCGCUUCCGGCGGGAGGUGGAAACGGAGCCCAUCCUGACCUACAUCGAGGGAGUGUGCGUGCUGUGGUUCACGCUGGAGUUCCUGGUGCGCAUCGUGUGCUGCCCCGACACACUGGACUUCGUUAAGAACCUGCUCAACAUCAUCGACUUCGUGGCCAUCCUGCCCUUCUACCUGGAGGUGGGGCUGAGCGGCCUGUCGUCCAAGGCGGCUCGCGACGUUCUGGGCUUCCUGCGCGUCGUGCGCUUCGUGCGCAUCCUGCGUAUCUUCAAGCUGACGCGCCACUUCGUGGGGCUGCGCGUGCUGGGCCACACCCUGCGCGCCAGCACCAACGAGUUCCUGCUGCUCAUCAUCUUCCUGGCCCUGGGCGUGCUUAUCUUCGCCACCAUGAUCUACUACGCGGAGCGCAUCGGCGCCAGGCCUUCCGACCCGCGGGGCAAUGAUCACACCGACUUCAAGAACAUCCCCAUCGGCUUCUGGUGGGCCGUGGUCACCAUGACGACGCUGGGCUACGGGGACAUGUACCCCAAGACGUGGUCAGGCAUGCUGGUGGGGGCGCUGUGUGCACUGGCCGGCGUGCUCACCAUUGCCAUGCCCGUGCCUGUCAUUGUCAACAACUUCGGCAUGUACUACUCUCUGGCCAUGGCCAAGCAGAAGCUGCCCAAGAAACGGAAGAAGCACGUACCUCGGCCGCCCCAGCUGGAGUCGCCCAUUUACUGCAAGUCGCAGGAGACCUCGCCCAGGGACAGUACCUACAGUGAUGCCAGCCCCCCUGCCCCAGAAGAGGGUGUGAUUGAGAGGAAACGGGCAGACUCCAAGCAGAAUGGCGAUGCCAGUGCGGUGCUGUCAGACGAGGAGGGAGCCGGCCUCACCCAGCCCCUGGCCUCCGCCCGCACCCCGGAGGAGCGCCGGGCCCUGCGACGCUCCGGCACCCGAGACAGAAACAAGAAGGCAGCUGCCUGCUUCCUGCUCAGCACUGGGGACUUUGCCUGUGCCGAUGGUAGUGUCCGGAAAGGCUGUGAAAAGUCCCGGAGUCUAAACAACACGGCAGGAGCUGCUGGAACCAGUCUGGGGCUAUCUCAACUGGCAUCGCGAGACCUGCCAAGAUGCCCUCUCGUCCAACUAUGCCCAGGCUGAAGUCCUCACCCUCUCUUAAAGCGGCACCAACGUGAGAGAGACAGGCAGACAGACAGAAAGCCAGAGGCUUAGGGCAACUCUGGAACCCAGGCAAGAAUCUUUCGCUGGGAAAGACUCAGAUAUCCUUGAUUGCACAAGACUGAUGGGAAACCUCCCAUGUGACCCUUGGGGCCCAGAGCCAUUGGGUCUGAUGUUCUUGUUCUGUUGUACAUUGAAGAGAUAUAUAUGCACAUAUAGUAUCUAUAUUCAUACAUACUAUACUAUUGUGUGUAGUGCAUGUGCUCUUGGUGGUCUGUCUUCUUCGUUAGGCUGUGUCUCCCCAGGCCCUCGCCCCACCCCCACCCUCACUCCCUUCCCCUUCACUGAUUCCUUGUUUCUGUUGAAUAUGUGUGUGGAAUAUCCCAGGAAAAGUGUACCUGGGAACUGCCAGUCCAGCUGGGUGGUCCCUGGCUAGACUCUCCCUCUUGGGAGUGUUUCCCCUGUGGGCCAGAGGCCUGUGGAAGGCCAGAUUGCCCCCUGGGCUCACUGUUCCACUAGCCUCACCCCACCCCAGAUUGGGGCUCUACCUCCCACCCCACGCCCCAGUUGUUGGGGGACUUCCCGGGGCUCCUCUGCACCUUCUUCCACUCCUUUCUCCACCUUCCCUGUGUCCUUGACUAAGGGGGUGUUUUGUCUUUUUUUAUUUCUGGUUUUUUGUUCUGUCGCCUUCGUCCGUUUGUUUCCAAAGAUGCUGCUGGGCAGACGGGCACGGAAGGGGUCUGUCUGCCCAUCUGGCUCAGGGGUCUGAGAAGGGAAUGCUGCGGGCGAGUGGAGACCAGUUGCAAUACAGUACUUCCUGGCUGGUGGCCAGAGUAUGCGUGCAAUAGCCGAGGCCAGGUGCCCCCUUCGACCUUGGCCUCUGCCCCUGCGUCGGCCCUCCCUCCCCACUCCCAGCCCGCCCUGCCCCUCCCUGGUGUUGGUUGUCCUUUUCUAAAGCUGUCCCCUCGUGUGUCUGAGGCAUGCCUAGGCUGGGCCCUGCCGCCCUGUCUGCAUGCCUUUGACUGUCAUGCUGUGCUCAAGCCCCAAUAAAGACAUCUGGAGCGUC